AUGUGGUGAUAUGUUAGUUGAAAAUACAACGGGACACUGUUGGCCCUCGUGUCUUGUAGUGGUUUGUUUACAAAACAUUCUAUCGGAGUUGUUGAAAUGUUCAUUUCACCUGCCCCGGCUCGGUCUUGUUUUGACACAUCUACGUGGGUCUUAAAUAACGCCAACUGACGACGCUUCCGUCCUACUGUCAAGAAACCUGUGGUUGCAGCAUGCUCAGACUUCAGAAGCGCCUCGCGUCUAGCGUCCUGCGCUGUGGCAAGAAGAAGGUGUGGCUAGACCCCAAUGAGACCAAUGAGAUUGCUAAUGCAAACUCUCGCCAGCAAAUCAGGAAAUUGCUGAAGGAUGGGCUGAUCAUCAAAAAGCCUGUGACAGUUCAUUCCCGUGCUCGCUGCCGCAAGAACACACUUGCACGUCGCAAAGGACGUCACACUGGCUACGGAAAGAGAAAGGGAACAGCCAACGCUCGUAUGCCCGAAAAGCUUGUAUGGAUGCGGCGCAUGAGAAUCCUCCGUAGACUUCUCCGUCGCUACAGGGAGUCUAAGAAGAUCGACAGGCAUAUGUAUCACAGCCUCUACCUGAAAUCAAAGGGCAAUGUCUUCAAAAACAAGCGCAUCCUGAUGGAGCACAUUCACAAGUUGAAGGCAGACAGGGCUCGCAAGAAGCUUCUCGCGGACCAGGCUGAGGCUCGGCGCACCAAGAACAGAGAGGCUCGCAGACGAAGAGAGGAGCGUCUCCUGGCCAAGAAGGAGGAACUAGUCAAGGGCUUGGCUGAGGAGGCUUCAAAGUGAAGAGGAAUGCGGCACACUCACGUUUUUCUAUAAACGGCUGUAAUAAACAGGAUAUGUGGUCCUGCUUUGUGGACGCCAGUGUUUUGUUAAUACCAUUGGAGUUGGUUGCAGUUUUUCACCAGAAAGCAAAAGAUUAAGAAUAUAAAAUAUCCUUGAUACCUUUUUUUUGU